AUGUUUCUUAAUACAUUAGGAGUGGGGGAAAAGAUGGUCAAGAACUGGGUGAGCGCUGCAAUAAAAGAUGGAUGUUUAGAAAACAGUGGCAUGAAACAAGCAAUGAUACAAGAAAAAAAGAAGUCUACUUCAAAAAUAAAACAGGAUAUUUCGCGAGUAAAACAUUUGAGAGAAUUUCUGGAAAGAUUGCCAAAGAUAGAGAGCCAUUACUGUCGCAAGAAAACCGGAAAGUUGUACCUCGAACAGAAUUUCAAAUCUAAAACUGAAGUAUAUAAUCUUUACAGUUGUAAGUUCUCUAAUGAAUUUGAAGACCUGAAUUUAGCAUUGUUCAAACCACGCAAAGAUCAAUGUGAUGUGUGUUCAUCUUACAAGAUGAAGCAAGUUACAGAAGAACAAUACGUAGCCCAUAUCAAAGCAAAAGAUCUAGCUCGUGCCGAGAAAGAAACCGAUAAAGCUAGGGCUAUCCGUGAAGAAAUUCACUGUUUUGUAGUUGAUGUUCAGGCAGUCAAGUUAUGUCCAGUUCUACAGGCUAGUUCUUUAUACUAUAAAACGAAGCUACAAAUCCAUAAUUUUACAGUAUAUAACUUGAAAAACCAUCGCAGUAUGAAUUUCGUGUGGAAUGAGACUGAGGCCGAACUUGAUUCAUCAGUAUUCACUACGUGUUUAAUAAAACAUCUAGAAGAGUAUUUGACCAAUGAAAAGAAAAACAUCAUAGUGUUUUCUGAUGGCUGUGGCUACCAAAACAGAAAUGUCGUACUUGCGAAUGGUUUGUCGGUUUUAGCUUCCAAGUAUGAUGUAGAGAUUGAACAAAAAUAUCUGGAACGUGGGCAUACUCAGAUGGAGUGUGACUCCACACACAGCCUUAUUGAACGAAAACUAAAGAAUCGGCAGAUAUUCUUACCUACAGACUAUAUUUCAGUAAUCAAUGAAUCUAGGAAAACUCCCACACCUUUGGAAGUGGCCUAUCUUAAUCACGACUUUUUUCUAAACUAUAAUGAUCCUAAGAAAUUUCGCUACAGUUCAAUUCGUCCUGGUAAAUCCAAAGGAGAUUUGAAGGUAACAGAUAUUAGAGCUUUAAAAUACUUAUCAAAUGGUGAAAUAUUCUACAAAGUGGCCCAUGAUGAAAAAUAUGAACUCCUUCCUCAAAGAAAGAACACCGUCAACCACAAUUCGAAUUACGAUAAUCUUUAUUCAAAUAGAUUGAAAAUAUCGAAGAAGAAAUGGCACGACCUCCAAGAAAUGAAGUCUGUACUACCGACAGAUGUCCAUUACUUCUAUGAUGAGAAAUUGUACUAG